AUUAGGUACGACUUACUGAAUAAUUGAGGGUGUUUAAUGGAAAAGCGGAGGUGAAGGUUGUCGUGAAAAAUAAAUAUGGCGGAGAAAGAAGUUUGGAGACGUAAAGACUGCAGUGUUUUGAUCUCAUUAAUCGUUCUUAUGAUAAAGGUUUCUUUGUGUGACGGGAUAUUGAAGUGUCGAUGCUCUCCAUGCCAUCCAAAUGCAGUCAACGAAACAUGUAUUGCAAAGUUUCAGUGCUUCACAGGACUGAGGCAGGCAUUGGAGAAUGGAGAACUAGUGGAAAUCAUAAGUAUGGGGUGUUUCUCAGAAGAGGAAAACAGCAUAUUACAGUGUAAAGGCCAUUUAAUUCCUCAUCGCAUGCCCAGGACAGUAGCAUGUUGUAAUGAUGAAGAUUAUUGCAAUGAAUACUUGGAUCCUUUAUAUGUAGAACAUAACAACACACAGGAAGCUGUGCAUGCUGGGCAGGAUGAAGUGAUAAACCUCACACAGAUAGUUUUAAUCGUAUCUGUCACAUGUUGUUUUCUCAUGUUUGUAUUGGUCGUCUCAAUACUCUACCUGAGAUAUAAAAGAAGAGAAAGUAAGAAAGAGCCAUUUAUACGAGAUCAAGAGGACCAGAGUGAUUCUUUCAUGUCGGACUCCACAAAAGGCCUGAUUGACCAAUCAUCUGGAUGUGGAUCCGGACCCUCUAUACUGGUACAGAGGACAAUAGCUAGGAACAUUCACCUGGUAAGGAGUCUGGGGAAGGGGCGAUAUGGUGAGGUUUGGAAGGGACUUUGGCGGGAGGAAGAGGUAGCUGUCAAAAUCUUCUUUACUGCUGAGGAGAGUAGCUGGGCACGGGAGACUGAGCUAUAUCAAUCUGUACUGCUAAGGCAUGAUGGAAUUCUGGGUUACAUUGCCUCUGACAUUAAGGGUACCGGUUCCUGGACUCAGCUGUUCCUGAUCACAGAUUAUCAUGAGAAUGGAUCACUAUAUGACUAUCUCCACACUCAUGUGCUGGAUGUGGAAGACAUGCUCAAAAUGGGUCACACUGCUGCUUGUGGUCUCGGUCAUUUACAUUCAGAAAUUUUUGGUACAAAAGGGAAACCAGCAAUGGCUCACAGGGACAUCAAAACAAAGAAUAUUUUGGUGAAGUCUGAUGGAAGCUGCUGCAUAGCUGACUUGGGGCUGGCUGUUAGAUAUGUCAGCGAGUCAAAUGAAGUGGACUUGCCACCUAACUCAAGACAAGGAACCAAACGUUAUAUGGCCCCAGAAUUAUUGGAUAACUCAGCUCGCAAAGAACAUUUUGAUGCUUACAAACAAGGAGAUAUUUAUGCCUUUGGACUUGUUUUGUGGGAGAUAGCGAGGAGGUGCAUCUCUAAUGGUAUUGCUGAUGAAUAUCAACCACCAUAUUUUGAGACCAUUCCAGCACAUACUGAUCCUAGUUUUGAAGAAAUGAGGAAAAUUGUGUGUGUGGAAAAGAUGAGACCUGGGUUCCCUAACAGAUGGUCCUCAACUGAGUAUCUAAAGAUGAUGGCUCGUUUGAUGAGGGAGUGUUGGAGUCACAACCCAGGGGCGAGGCUGACAGCCCUGCGUGUUAAAAAGACGCUGGGGGGAAUGAUCCUGCAGCUGAACAAGAGUGUCAAAUUGGACGAAGCGGAAAAGAUCACCGAAGUUACAAACAUUAUCAAAAACAAACUCUCUCAAAUACCAUGAAGUAUUAUACAGAUCUAAUACCAAGCAGACUUUGCAAGCUUUAGUAUUUUCUGUAACUUUGACCAUGAAAGGAACAAGGCUAAUGUCAAAAUUAUGGACAUGUAUUAUUAAGACAAACUCUAUAUAUACCUCAAUUUUCAUUUUUAUGUUCUUGACAGAUAUGCAGGUUGUGAGUAAUUUAAUCUUCUGUUCACUUAUGUAUCACUAUAAAAUGACAUGGACUAUUAGCUUAACAUGGAACAAAAUGUUAUAAUAACAUGUACAGGCGAUUAGGUUUUUAUGCAGUACAGUAAUAACUGCUUAGCAACCCUUUACAUUAAUGGUUACUCUUUUAUCAGCCCCCCACCCCCACCCACCCCAAAAAAAACCCUGAUUAUUUUCCUUUAAUACUGAUGUGGAAAUGAAUGAUAACUCACAUAAUGGGACUAGUGGCCACUCAAAUCCCUUCCAGUCACACUGCCAACACUUUUUCAAUGCCUAUGUUGAUCACUAGUGUGUGAUAUAUCACUUGAUUUGGUUGGGGCUGAUUAUCAGCUUUGGAUACUGUUGAGUUUGUGUUUAUUGUACUGAAUUAGAUCUGUAUUCACAUUAGAUACACUUUAUAUGUUCGGUGUACAUCUAUUUUAAGAUGGCUUCACUGAAUGGGAAUGAACUUAACAGAUAAUUUCAUCUUUCUGAGUUGGAGAGGUUAAAUGUUGGGAAGACUCAAAUUUUAGAUUUUAAACAUUUUGAAAAGGGAAGUGGAAUAUAAUGAGGACUUUUGGCAUAUUUCAUUUGUAUAUAUAUGCAUUGGACAAGGCAUUUCUCUUAGGAAACCUUAUGAAAGGCCAGCUAAGUAAGUGACCAGUUUCAAAACCUCCUCUCCAUGAAAAUCAAAAGUGAGAUGUGUAGUAUGUUGCAUCUUUAUGGGUUUUUUUUUCUAUUUACUUUACUAAUUUAACCAUUUUGCCUGUAAAAGAAACCAUUGUGCAAAUCAUAGUUUUUAACAAAUAUUUUCCAUGAAGAAAAUGUUUUUUUUAAUCCCGUUUUCAGAAAAUGUUUACAUUGUAUAUAUCAUGUAUAUUCAUGUCACAUUGACAUAUCGAACUUGUUCAACAACUUGUUGUUUUGUGGAAUAGUUAUUUGCUUUAUGGAAAUAUGUUUGUUAUAUAUUGUAUGUAGUAGAUCUUAUUGUCACAGAUUUAUGUUCAUCACAAGUGUGUUGUAUGUUUACCUCACCCUGGAUACAAUAUUAUUAGAGGAAAUGAGUUGUGAUGUUACAAACUUUAUCAACCCACCUGUUUGUAUUAUGGAAGCAGACUGCAGUUUCUGCAGGACCAUUUAUCUGUAUGGAAAUGUAUAUAAAGGAAGUAACAUUUUGCCUUUUUUAUCAGUUUUGUUUCGCAAAUUAGAUUACUAGAUGUAGGUACGUGUACAACCAUUGAUAUUUCAUUAAUGAAGUAUUUUUCACAGUUAUAGGAUUUUUGGUAAGGAAAGCGUCUUUCGGUUAGAUAAAAGAAAUUACAUCAAUCACUAACUGAACUCCAUACAGAAGGCAGAGUAUACACACAAAACAAACAAAAAAUCAAUGAUCAUCAGGUAUUUCUACACAUUACUGCAGUUUUAUAAAUGUCUUUAAAAAAUAUUUAUUUUUUGCAAGUUUUAGUUUUAUAUGAUAAAUGUACUAUUAAAGAACGCAAGUUAGGCAAUAAACAAUGUGGGAUGGUUUUAAAGCCCUCGAAAAUGCUGUAGAUGCAAUGUCAGUAAAUUUGAGGGAUUCCAAGUGAAAGUGAUGAUAUGUGCACAUAGUAGUAGUAGUUGUAGUAUUCUAAUUAUGAUGUUAUAAUUAUGAAUAGUUUAUUUGUAUUCUCCAAAAAUCUGCACAAUAUGCUAAUAAAAAUGAAAAUUAGUGAGUUCCACAUUCUGUCAUCACUGCUGUUUUCACAUUACACGUAUAUAUUAUUUCUGUCGUUUUACAUAAUAUUCGUCAAAACUGUGAUAGUGAAUUCAUGCAGACCAUAUUACACAUUCAAGAUUAUGUUGACAAAACCUGUAUUUUCUACGUAUUUUGCAACAACAAAACAUGAAAACCCACCAUUUUUGUGACUUUAUAUUUCUUUUUGUAUCAGCUGUGACCAUUAUGGAUAUAAAAUAUUGAUAAAUUUUACUACAAGAAUUAUCAAAUGGCAAAUUUUUUUAACAAGAAAGUUAUACUGAUUUCCAGCUUUAACUUUUUUUUCAAAUAUAUGCAUACUGUGCAGUAUGCAUAAAUGCUUUUUUUGUUGUUGAAAAUCAUACAAUAUGGUGUACAGAAUUUGUCUGAGAUAUACUGUAGAUUCCUUAAUGCACACGAUAAUUUUUAAAAUAUGGUGAAGUGACUCGUACAUCAAAUCGCAUUAACUUGAAUUGGUGUUUCAUCUGUUAAUCAAGAGUUCUUGCAUGUAUUUUAGCAACAGAAAAUUAAAAGCGAGUAAUUUUAUUUGGCGAGUGAUGCCUUUCGUGAAAUUACGUUAAUAAAUUCCUCGUGUAUAUUUAAGAAUCUACAGUAAUGUUAAAGGAAUGAAAUUCUGAUAAACAGAGUAAAGUAAAUAGGGUUGUGUAAAGCAAGUUGUUACACACAAACCUCAGAAAGCAACAUUUUAGCAUGUAUUAAAAAUCUUGUGAAUUGUAGGUAAUGGUCAUGUACAAACAUGAUUUAGUGCUAUAUAUUUAUGUAGAGCUGCAUUAGUGUUGAAAGAUAUAUACUUUAUUUCAGCCCUGAACAUAGGUUAUCACUUUUGUGAUUGCACCAAUGACGCCAAAAUUUUAAUAUUUCUAAUUGAGUACACAUACAGUAGUCUUUCAUAGAUUCUUCAAUUUCUUAGAGUGUUGAGUCUCAAAUGAUAUUUACAACAGAGGCUGAGAGAGGUCCCGAGAAGGUAUUUCUCUAUUAGGACCUAGCCUGAACAAGAAUUUAUCAGAAUUUGUUGUUUUAUUUUGUCAUGUCAUUUUAUCUCACAUUUUCAUUAUUAUGUACAAGAGUAAAUCAAGUGUAGUUAACAAAUGUUGUUCAUUCAAUAUGUGAUCUAGCCUUUAGCUGGACUCUAAUGGGCCAUAUUGUAUAAAAAUUUCAUUAAAAUUUGAAAUGCA